AUGGGGGAAAAGCUCCCAAAGGUGCCAGGAGACCCCGACACUUUGAGCAGACCGAUGCGGACCCUCAGGGUUAAGAUGGUUCUUCUGGGGGCCUCUGGUGUGGGAAAGUCCAGCCUGGCCCUGCGGUUCUGCAAGGAUGAGUUCAGGAGGACAUCACCUACUGUAGGCUGUGCAUACCUCACCCAGGCGGUGCAUCUGCGUGAAGUCACUCUUCGCUUUGAGAUUUGGGACACGGCAGGGGAGGAAAAGUACCACAGUGUCACCCCCCUUUACUACAGAGGAGCCCACGCUGCACUGCUGGUCUAUGAUAUCAGCAAAAGGGACACAUUUAUCAGAGCUCAAGUGUGGCUCAGAGAGCUGGAGAAGCAGUACUUCUCAGGAUCCACCGUCCUGUGGCUGGUGGGCAACAAGGGCGACCUGGAACAGCAUCGACAAGUGUCAGCGCAGGAAGGACAGAGUCUGGCCAAUGACAGAGGGUUAUUCUUCACAGAGACAUCAGCCCUGUCAGGGGAUCAGGUGGAGCAGCUGCUGCUGGGUGUAGCCCACAGGGUGUGCGAGUGUGUUGGAGCGCAGCAGGGGGCGCUGUCAGAGUGGAAGGAGACGCCUCAUGUGGAUUUGUGCCACAGAAACACAUUCAAUCGUUUUGCAUCCUGCUGCAAAGUGGGACCCUGACCUCUAACUCUGUUGAUUGUUGUACUGCUGGUCUCUGUUUUAAAGCUGCACCGGGUAACACAUGGGCACCUGGUCAUCACAACAUCUCAAAUAAAGAAUUGUAAAAAAACA